AUGUCACUCAAGUGUCUCGCACUCUGCACGUUCGUCGUGCUGCUCAGCAUUGGCGCUUCCAGCGCGAGGACCCUGCAGCCCCGGCCAGAGCAGCAGGUGCGACAGAGCAAGGAUAUGCGCAUCGGAAACGGUGAUCUAGCCAUUGAUGGUGUCGAUGAUGAUGAGAAAUACAACGCUGAACUGGAUGAAUUUGAUGAGAAGAACAUUGGUGAGCUGAACAAGCUCAUCGAUGAUCUGGAGGGCUGGGAAAAAGAGUCGCGUGCCGCACCUAGCGGCGGCAAACGUCAAGACAAGCAACGCGUUGGUGCCAACAAGCGCAAUGGCAACUGGCGCAAGACCGCCAGACGCACCAUCAAGCGUGGCGGCAAGCGCGAUGGCAGCAAGCGCGGUGGCAACAAGCGCGGUGGCAACAAGCGCGGUGGCAACAAGCGCGGUGGCAACAAGCGAAGAGGCAACCAGCGUAUACGCAACGGCAGGAGGCGGAGAGCCGGUGCCCAGCGUGUGCAGCGCCCACGCAACUAA